UGAUAUCCAUAGCGCAUUCCUUUUAAAUUGUCCGCCCCGACAAAAAUUUACAAAUAGAGUAAAGAAUAAAAAUGCGUUUCGCACAAAUUUUGACUUUUCCUACCUAGGUCUCCAGCCGAGUGGCAGAAGAAACCGCGCAGGGGCUCGGGGUCGAGUCUGCGCAGUUUCGUUCUCUCUCCCUCUUCAGGUUUCCAAAAUGACGGCUCGACUUAAAAAGACGAGGAAGCUACGAGGCCAUGUGAGCCAUGGUCACGGUCGUGUCGGAAAGCAUCGUAAGCAUCCUGGUGGUCGCGGAAACGCCGGUGGACAACAUCACCAUCGAAUCAACUUCGAUAAAUACCAUCCUGGUUAUUUUGGAAAGGUCGGUAUGCGUCACUUUCACUUGACAAGGAAUGCGUACCACAAGCCAUCCAUCAACCUGGACAAAGUGUGGUCACUGGUCAGCGAGCAGACCAGACAGAACUACAAGAACAAAAAGGAUGGGCCUGUCCCAGUGAUUGACGUUGUCAAAGCUGGUUAUUACAAGGUUUUGGGCAAGGGACUUCUCCCCAAGCAGCCCGUUAUCGUCAAAGCCAAGUUCUUUAGCCGAAGAGCAGAAGAUAAAAUUAAAGCUGUUGGUGGUGCCUGUGUUUUGAUGGCCUAGACUUCUUGUCCUGUAUAAAUGAAUAAACAAAUACCCUCCUA